AUGCUGGCUAGGGCAGAUUUCGACAAGCACGAAGCUUCUCCGGAGCCUUUCUUGCGGGAUAUCCCUAUCAAAGAGAUGGAGCAUGUCCAGGUCACACUCAUGAUGCAUUCAUCUGGGCCCACCGGCCUCCCUAAGCUAUUGUUUCUAUCUCAUCGGAGUCUUUUGGCAUCUGUGGUCUCGGGGACUGGUCUCAAGGCAUUCAAUCCCUUACCCUGGUAUCAUCUACAUGGUCUGUUAACUUCUAUACAAGCCAUGUGGAUGCGUAAGACGGCUCACUUGUUCAAUGCGCACUUGCCGUUAACGGCAGACAAUCUAAUUUCAGUUCUCAAGUCUGUCCAGCCUGAGAUUUGCCAUACGGUCCACUAUACGUUGAAGUUAAUAGCAGAGAGACAGGACGGAAUAGAUGCCCUAAAGAGGUGCAAGUUUGUGACGUCGGCCGGGGCUAGGACUCCGGACGAGCUUGGAAAUCGAGUAGUCGAGCAGGUCGGCCAUACGGGUGAUUCCAUCCAUCGUGGACCCGGCGAUGAUUCUUGGGAUUAUAUCCGGCCGUACGCCAACUUGCGCGAGCACAUGGCCUUUAAAAAGUUCGAUGAUAGUACAUAUGAGAUUAUAUACCUGAAUACUCAUCCUGCGCUCAUGACUGCUAAUUCGAACGACCCGCCUGGCUCUUUUCACUCAGGUGACCUCUUCGUCCCUCACCCUACUAUGGACUGGGCCUGGAAGGACGUUGGCCGUGCCGAUGAUAGGGUGACUCUUCUGAGCGGAGAAAAGAUUCUUCCAUUGGGCGCGGAGGGCACUGUUCGCGAGAGUCCACUCGUGCGAGAUGCCCUAAUGGUCGGUAAAGAUCGCCUCGUACCUGGCCUUUUGGUGUUUCGCUCUACAGCCGCCGCUGGUUUAUCAGACGAUGCGGUUAUCGAGGCCAUCCGAUUGUCACAAGACAGAGCGAACAAUAUCGCCGACGAGUUUGCGCGUAUCACUCCCGACAUGACAGUCCCGCUCGCUGCGGAUGUUGAAUACCCCGUUACCGACAAAAACAAUAUCAUCCGUGCUGCCGCAUACGCUCGUUUCGAAAAUGUAAUCGAGGGCUUAUACGCUGGAGACAAGGACACCACCAAUGGGCGGGAUCGCAAAAACCUGGCGCUAGAUAUUGGGCAACUCGAACAGUUCAUACUGAGACUCAUCCGCGAGCAAGCGGGCAUCAAAGUGCCGGACAUCGAAACCGAUCUCCUCGGCGCGGGAGUAGAUAGUCUACGUGCUGCCCAGAUACGCAGAUUAUUGCAACGGGCCCUCGAUCUUGGCGGACAUUCGCUACGUACUAAUGUCGUCUACGAUGCAGGAUCUGUAGCAAGGCUUGCCCGGCUCCUCUAUGCAAUGCGCGCUGGCGAGGAGCUUGAGAAUGCACGUCCAAGUGACGAUGAUGAAAUAGUCAAGAUGCAGAAGAUUAUUACCGACUAUAGUAAAUUUCAAAUGUGGUCGCCAGGGAGUCUACCGGCACCCGAAAGAGAUGUUGUGAUUCUUACGGGUGCGACCGGCGGCCUCGGCGCGCAUUUACUCAAGCAACUCCUCGACGACCCUAAGGUAGAGCGUGUUAUUUGCCUUGUACGGGAUAACGACGCCUUGGCUCGUAUCAACGAGUCCAUGAAGAUCCGGAAACUUGAUACACGCGUGAGCGAUGAUAAGAAACCGACAGCUCUGACAACAAACAACCUGGGCGCUCCAGAUCUCGGUCUCUCGCCAGAAAGCUACUUAAACCUGCAGCAGUCGGCUACUCUUAUCAUCCACGCAGCAUGGCCCCAGUCCUGCGCGUCUCCCAUUCGCAAGCAGUAUCUCAUCUCGACCGCGUUCCAAAUGCCCACGCCCGCCAACGUACCCGAGGGGCCCUUGUCAUCUCCCAGCUUCGCAGCACCGACGGGGUACGCGCGUUCAAAGCUUAUAGGUGAGCGUAUCUGUGCGGCUGCCGCAGCGUGCGGGGGUGCGGUUGGUGUCUUACGCACAGGCCAAAUCUCAGCCGACACUGUCAACGGAAUCUGGAACGAUAAAGAGGCUAUCCCGAUCCUAGUCCGUAGUGCGACAGAGGUCCAUGCGCUACCUCGUCUCGAGGGGGAUCACGACAUUUGUGAUUGGAUGCCGGUGGACACGGUGGCUCGAACGUGUCUGCAGCUUGCCGAGAAGCUCAAUGCCAACACGAACGAACCGGCAUUCUAUAAUAUUAAACCACCGCAUUAG